CUCUCUCUCUCUCUCUCUCUCUCACAUCGUAUAUUCCGUACACGGCGUGCCGUUGAACAAUAUCCGUCUCUUUCCUUCCUUUUCUCUGCCCCCACCCCUUUGUUGUUUCUAUUUUCCCUUCUGCUUUGUGAGAAAUUAACAGGCUUGCUUGCUUAUUUUCUUUGUACACUUCUUCUGUUUCUUUUGCUCGAACCCCAAACCCACACGCUUACCUUCUUCGUUUCUUCCCCCACACAAACGCUUUUCUUGGAUGCUUUCAGUCUACCCGAAUAUGAGCUUGGACAUCAACUUUUCGCAGGGAGUUCCCUCCACCCACGGCUUCUCGCGGGGUGGAAGUCUGCCAUCGAACCAAUUCGACCCGUAUCUUGCCGCUUCCUUUGCAGCGACUGCAGCAGCAACGACGACCACCCCCACCACUGCGAAUAGUUCUGGCGCAAACAGCCCCGCUUUGUUCGAUACCCAAUGCUCACCUUUUGGCUUCUCUGUCUCGGUGCCGUCGGCUGGCGCGACACACCAUGCAUUCAUGCCUUCAUCUCCUCAACCAUUUUUGCCUCAACAACAAACUCAUCAGCAACUUCAACAACCACAGCAACACGCUUCUCGUACGCUUGCGUCGGGAAGCAGCCCGGCAUCCUCGAUGCAAUACAGCCCUGUUUCUUUCGACCAGCAACUUGUCGCUGUAUGUGUCGGUGGACCCACUCCAAAGUUGAUGGCUGAAGAUUACACUCGUUCUGAGUCCGGCUUGCCCGUAGACCCUUGCGUGUACAGUAGAAGCAGCAACUCGCCACUGGCUGGUCCAGUAGCAGCUCCUCUUCACCACCCACCACCACCACCUCAACCAACAACUUUAAGCCCAACGAUUCCGUAUCACCACCAUCACCAUGGUUACCACCCGUACAUGUAUCCUGGUAACGUAUUCAGUCUAAACCAGCAAAGCGACAAUGGAGAGUAGUAUUCCUAAUUUUAUUAUGUAUGUAUGGAAUAUGUAGGUCUGGUCGGCGAUCCUACGUCUGAAACUGUAGUGCAGAGCAGCAAUAACUACAAGCGUGGCGGUU